AGUGUCGGUGACCGCAGAAAAAAUUGUCAGAUGGGCAACAAUCCUUAGAUGCAAGGCGGACGCCUUCCCUUGUAAGUACCUCGGUAUUAAGGUGGGUGGCCGAGGGAACUGCAUUGGGGACUGGAAUUUCCUGGUUGACAAAGUCGCAAAGAAAAUUGGAGGAUGGAAGAGAAAAACCUUGUCGCUUGCUGGGCGAAUUACUCUGAUCAAAUCGGUGUUGCAAGCCAUCCCGGGAAGGAAGACGACUGGCAGUGGAAACCCGGCAAAGACGCAGCUUUUUCAACAAAGACGGGUUAUGAUACCAUUGCGGCUUCUAAAAACGGACAGCUGACGGAAACGGGUAGCGACGCAGCUCAAGUUUGGAAGGCUAAGACUCCCCAUAAGGCAGCUGUGACAGCAUGGAGAGUCUUGCUUAACAGAUUGCCUACAUGUGAUAAUUUGCUUAGGAGAAAUGUUGCAAUUGGUCCCGAAGAGAGAUGGUGUAACUCAUGUGUGAUGCAAGAAGAAACGGCGGAACAUAUCUUUUUGAAUUGCCCCAAAGUUGAGAUGGUCUGGGAUGGAAUUUUUCAAUGGCUGGACAUUAAAACAGCAAAGCCUAAAGGUAUUACUCAACACUUUAAAUCCUUUGUCUUUGGCGCUAGAAGGAAGAAAGGGAGAAAACUACUUCUUACUCUUUGGGUUGGGAUUGUGUGGCUGAUUUGGAAAUAUAGAAACGAGAGCAGGUUUGAGGGUAGGGUAUGGGAUGCUAAGAAGCUCGUUUUGGAUUUGAAGGGUAGAUUAUGGAGUUGGAACAAAAUAAACCAAUUGGUGGAUGUCAAUGUUCCCUUCUCCUCUUGGUGCUCUUGUGAACAUAAACUCGCUUUUCUGUAAUACUCUUGGUACCUC